CGCGAAUUAGUUUUCAAACAUGGCUACCGAAGCUGAGGCGGGCGCUGUAGCUGUUGUCGAGGGAGAAUCAGCGGAAAGAGAUGCAUCAUUAGGAGACCUGACAGCAAGCAUGGAGUCUGAGUCCUCCAGUGGAAAAGAUCCUGCGGUGAGCGAGGGCCCUGAGGGGACAGACACGCAAACCGGCUCAGGAGACGAGGAGAACGGACGACAGCUGGGUGAAGUGGAGCUCCAGUGCGCGCUGUGCAUGAAGUGGUUCACGGCAGACACGUUCAGCAUCGACACCGCGACCUGCCUUCCAUUCAUGACCAAUUAUGUGUUCCAUUGCAAUGUGUGUCAUCACAGUGGAAAUACCUACUUCCUUAGAAAGCAAGCGAAUCUGAAAGAGAUGUGCCUCACAGCUCUGGCUAAUCUAACAUGGAGGUCAAGGACUCACGAGGAUCAUCCUAAGACAAUGUUUUCCAAAGAUAAGGAUAUUAUUCCCUUCAUUGAUAAGUACUGGGAGUGUAUGACAACUCGUCAGAGACCAGGAAAGCUAACGUGGCCGAAUAAUAUAGUAAAGACCAUGUGUAAAGAGCGUGACGUAUUCCUUGUGAAGGAACAUCCUGACCCUGGAAGUAAAGAUCCUGAGGAAGACUACCCCAAGUUUGGCCUGCUUGAUCAGGACUUGUCCACUAUCGGACCAUCGUAUGACAGCCAGAAGCAAACCACCGCUGUUACCACGGGGAACAGUCUGAACGGUGGAUCGUCAUUUUCAGGUGGCCUUCCUCCACCCGGUACGGGUAAAGGCCGAGGCGCCAAACGCAAGCAGCAACAGCAGCAGGAUGGAACCGCUGCAGGAACGGCCAAGAGGACACGCAGCGACCCCUUGUUUUCAGCACAGCGCCUGCCUCCUCACGGCUAUCCUCUCGAGCACCCGUUUAACAAAGACGGCUAUCGUUACAUCCUGGCUGAGCCAGACCCCCACGCACCUGACCCAGAAAAGCUUGAGCUGGACUGCUGGGCAGGAAAACCCAUCCCCGGAGAUCUGUACCGUGCAUGUCUCUAUGAGCGAGUGCUGCUCGCCCUGCAUGAUCGGGCUCCCCAGCUAAAGAUCUCUGAUGACCGGCUGACUGUGACCGGGGAAAAAGGUUAUUCGAUGGUGCGAGCGUCUCAUGGAGUACGAAAGGGGGCCUGGUUUUUUGAAGUGACCAUAGACGAGAUGCCCCCUGACACGGCUGCCCGCCUCGGCUGGUCUCAACCGUUAGGUAAUCUUCAGGCUCCACUCGGCUACGACAAAUUCAGCUAUUCCUGGCGCAGCAAAAAGGGCACACGCUUCCAUCAGUCCAUUGGGAAACAUUAUUCAGACGAUUACGGACAGGGAGACGUCCUGGGAUUCUUCAUCGAGUUACCGGACAAUACAGAGACUGCAAGGGCACUGCCCGACACUUACAAGGACAAAGCACUGAUUAAGUUUAAAAGCUAUCUCUAUUUUGAGGAGAAGGAUUACGUGGACAAGGCAGAGAAGAGCUUGAAGGCAAUAAAUAACAGUCGAAUGAUUUUUUACAAGAAUGCCGUGAAUCAGGGGCUGGCGUAUGAGAACCUGUUUGAGGGAAUGUAUUUCCCUGCCAUAUCGCUGUACAAAAACUGUCAGGUAUCAGUGAAUUUUGGGCCACAUUUCAAACACCCGCCAAAAGACGUCAAGUUCCAGCCAAUGAGUGAUAUGGGCUGGGGUGCAGUGAUCGAACAUUCUCUAGCAGACAUCCUUUACCACGUGGAGACGGAGGUUGACGGACGGCGCAGCCCCCCGUGGGAAGGUUAAACCGCACAUGUCUUCAGCCGCACACGUUGAAGGAAGCGCUUUCUAAAACACGACGUCCGUGUACUGGAUCUGUACCAUGCGGCCGAUUUUCCCGCAGGCAAUUCUGACAUGUUUUCUCGUACUGAGAAGAGAAUAGAAAACCCAGUAAUCUUAAACUCUUUAACCACACAACUGUUCUUAUGAGACAGAAGUGAGGGAACGCAUAUUGUUGUGCCGACUGUAUAUAGUUGUUAUACUGUUGCUGUAAUGUUUUACGGCAUUAAAUGUAACUACAAUCGGUCGUUUCGGUUAAAAGUAUAACGCUGUUUGGUUAUAAAUUAAAAAACAAAAAGUUCUGUGGUAUUAAGGGACUGAAACAGAAAAACACUUCAGGAUGUGCUGUAAUUGGAAAACAGGCAAAUUUCAGCAGUGGAUCAACACAAUUAAAGUAAAGUACACUUUC